GUGUGCACGGAAAGAGGCGGAAGCGCCGCGGAGGCACCGGGAGCGCCCCGGGAUCAUCGCGAUUGUCGGGAUCGAGGAGGGGGCCCGGAGCCCUCCAGGCUCAGCCGGGGAUGUUCCACGGCAUCGCGGGCCCGGCCGGGAUGGGCGCGCCCGGGACUAAACCGGAGCUCUACGAGGAGGUGAAGCUCUACAAGAACGCCCGGGAAAGGGAGAAGUACGACAACAUGGCCGAGCUGUUUGCGGUGGUGAAGACGCUGCAGGCGCUGGAGAAGGCGUACAUCAAGGACUGCGUCACGCCCAACGAGUACACGGCGGCGUGCUCGCGCCUCCUGGUGCAGUUCAAGGCGGCGCUGAAGCAGGUGCAGGGCGGCGAGGUCGGCACCAUCGACGACUUCUGCCGCAAAUUCCGGCUGGACUGCCCCCUGGCCAUGGAGCGCAUCCGCGAGGAUCGGCCAAUCACCAUCAAGGACGACAAAGGGAACCUGAACCGCUGCAUCGCCGACAUCGUCUCCCUUUUCAUCACCGUGAUGGACAAACUGCGCCUGGAGAUCCGCGCCAUGGACGAGAUCCAGCCGGACCUGCGGGAGCUGCUGGAGACGAUGACCCGGAUGAGCUCCCUGCCCCCCGACUUCGAGGGGCGCCUCAAAGUCAACCAAUGGCUGCAGACGCUGAGCGCGAUGUCGGCCGCGGACGAGCUGGACGAUGCCCAGGUCCGGCAGAUGCUCUUCGACCUCGAGUCCGCCUACAACGCCUUCAACCGCUUCCUGCACGCCUGAGACCGCCCCAAACCGGCCCAAACCGGCCCAAACCGGCCCAAACCGGUCCAGACCGGUCCAAUCAGGAGUUUGGGAUAAUAAACGGGAGGAGGAAAAUCCCAAAAAUCCCCCAAAUCCGGGAGGAAUUCCGCUCUUUUCUCCUCAUUUGUGCAUCAAACUGGGAGCCUGUCCCAGUAAAAACCAGUUCAGACCAGUUCAAACCAGUUCAGACCAGUUCAAACCGGCCUGAACCGGUCCAACCAGGAGUUUGGGAUAAUAAACGGGAGGAGAAAAAUCCCAAAAUCCGUGAAAAA